AGUUACAAAAAUGGUUUUUGAAAAAUUGACUGGGUUUUGGACUAAAGUGUCAGCUAUAAAUAUGGUUUUGAAAGUUCUUUUUUUUUGCUAAAAGUGUCUUACCAUGUCUUAUCUCGUAAAACCUAUGGACCCAAACAACUUCGGAAGGUGAAAGAAAAUUUACGCUUAAAUUCUUCAAUCUCAGUGGUUAAUCACAAUAACUCUUGGCGGGAAAACGUUUUGACAGUUAACUUUUCUUUUAUUGGCGCAUAAAACAUAAUGCUGGAUAAAGGCGAGUAGAAAAAACAAGUUGUAUUGCAGCCAAUUUCAAAAUCUUCAACAGCAGAGUCUAGUCCUCCAUCGUCAACGUGUUGUUGACGAUGGAGGACUAGAAGUGAAAGCAUGUGUCACAGAUAACUAAAUCUAUGGUGUUGAAAAUUAAAAAAUGAUUAAAAAAAUCAAGGUCUAAAAACAUUCUUUUCGUUCGGCCAAACUUUUUUUUCUUCGCACCCUUUUUCUCCAUAUUACUUACGCAAUAAUAAACGCCCAUGCUAAGAUAACACUGAAAAACAACAUUGACUUUUAUUUCCGUCAUAUAUUUUUAUAAACCGUCGCCUAUUCGGACAAUUUGUUUUUCCUCGUGUCUAACAACUGCAGCUGAAUCUUGAGUGUUUUUUUUGGAUAAGAAGAAGAUUUUUACUGACCAGCUAAUUUCGAAAGCAGAUGUUGGUAAAAUAUUGACAAUUCAUUAGUAAGGCCUUAUUGGUUUGAAAGGACUUCCAACGAUUGCUAUGUCUCUUUUAAGUUUUUGUAUCAUUGUUAAGCGUGUAUGUUCCACAAACGCAAGACAAAACGAUUUGGAGUGUAUUCAAAAGCAGCAGCAUGGCAGAACACAUCGAAACUCAGUUGUUGAGGUUUUAUAUCGCAAUAUAGUACUGCUUUACCGCUGACAACGAUGAGCAUCCUCGUCUCCAGGGUUUGUUGCCGGUCUCGAUGUCGAAAAGGCAAAGGCCCCCGGGGACGAGGUUGAACAAUAAGAUGAAUGACUUUCAAAACAUCUCUGCAAAAGUAGUUUUGUGAUAAGUUAUAUUUAAAAUACCAACAAAUGGGGAGAGGGUCAACCUCAUCCACAGAUGUUGUGCCCCAAAUUGUAAUAAAUGCCCCAAUUUGUAAUACCUGCUCCAUUUUGUAAUAAACUUUACCUCAAUUUGUAAUAACACCUUUUCCGAAUUUGUAACAAAUAGAGUUGCCCCACUUUAUAAUAACAUGAAAAAUACUAUAAUUACUUUCCCGCUGUUUUAGCUAGCCGAAUUGACAGGAAACACUAUCUGCCAAGAAUUUUUAUUAAUGUAGCACACGCGCAGUGAAAGGUAUAAUAACCGAAAAAUGGUUAAAAAUAAACAGAACUUUCUUUUUUUUAAAAAAAAAAAAAAAAAUAAACAAAUACCAAAAUAUAUACAACCAUAAAAAUGUUCAAUCAAUUUUUUUUUAGCAAUAUGUUAAGCAAGAUUGCGUACCAUUCAUACGUUAAGGCUUGCAACGCGAACACGGUUUGAUUCCAUCUUAUCAAUCUAUCUGUUCUGCAUUUCCGUAGCCGGUUAUGGUCGUUCAAUAGAAUUUGUUUUAAAUGCAGUGAAAUACCACUGCAUCUUUCACCAGUGACAUCAAUCAAAUGUUUAGCUCUGAUCGUCAUUGAAGGUGGUAUUUGAUUUUUAACCAUCUCCGAAGAAAAUAUUUGGAACCUCUUCGCUAUCAUCUUCCUCAUCAACCAAUCCAUUUUCAUCGAACACCUCUUCGCUACCAUCGCCCUCAUCAAACAAAGUUCUAAUUAUCAGCCAUCUACGUCAACGUCGUUAAUCCGUGCGUGAUUGAUAACAACUUUUCUAACAUAUUUUGGUUGAAGAUAAAUACCUUAUUCUUGUGGUGCAUAGGAUAUAGCUGAAAACGGAUAAUUUUCAUCACCGACUGGAUUGUAAGCAACGUAAAACUCUUGGUGGGACAUACUUUACAAUCGAUCUUACUGCGUGAGAGGAAUGAGAAAAGUUUUACGAAGCUGGUGCUUAGAUGUGCCUUUUCCUUUCUCUUUGACAUUAUUUUUAUUUUUUAUUUUUAAAUUAAAAUCAGCAAUGUCUUCAGCAUAGAAUCUUUCACAUAUGACUCUUUGUGACCGGGUAAAGUUAUUAAAAUACUAUACUUUUCGAUUCUACAAUGCUUUUCCAAGAUUUGAGAAAAUUUGAAUGUUUAUUUUCUGACUGGUCCCUAAGUUUUACAAUGGAUUUUUCAAAUAAAACUUUUUUCGAGAAAAGAAAUUAUUACAAAUUGGGGCAAGGUCUCAUUACAAAUUGGGGCAGCUUUGAGUUAUAACAAAUUGGGGCAACUCUAUAAUUACAAAUUGGGGCAAGGUGUUAUUACAAAUUGAGGCAAGUAUUACAAAUUGGGGCAGGUAUUACAAAGUGGGGCAGGUAUUACAAAUUGGGGCAGGUAUUACAAAUUGGGUAUUACAAAUUGGGGCAGGUAUUACAAAAUAGGGCAGGUAUUACAAAUUGGGGCAGGUAUUACAAAUUAUGGCAAUUAUUACAAAUUGGGGCACAACAACAGGGUCUCGUGGCUCCUGAGCCGUUAUUACGGAGUCAAAUUCAAAAUGCCCUGGGAACCAGGUUAAGAAAACGUUGGACAACCUUUAAUACUACCUUAAACAUAAAAAGCUUCGUAAUAACCAUCAUGACCAAAGACUUCUUCUCUCAAGUUAUCAGGUGCCAAAUAUUUGUCAAUAUCCUGACUUAACGACUGAAUAAUCGAGACCUGUUACUUUAACAUUUAUUGAUUUACCAAAAUCAAAUCAGUGGACGCUUUUGCUGGUUCUGCAACUACAUUAGAUUUGAGCAAAUUUUAAGCUUUUUAUUAACUCUUCUCAUUUUUCUAUCACUUUCUUCAACUUGUUUCAUCUUAUGUCACACUUCAUUAGAUUUUUUGAUCGACACAAACGUAUCCUUUAAUAAACAGAGACAGAGUUUUGACUGAUGUUGACUUAUUUAAUUUUUCUUCAUACGUUUAGAUACAGGAUUCUUUACUCGCAUAAGCGUGGGUUACCUUUUCACCACAAAGUCAUUUUAUAAAGUAGGAGAUUUAAGUUUUUUCAUUUAAAAACAUUUUAAUUAUUUCCUGUGCUGUCGACACCCUAAUUGUUGCCGAUUUGCAAAACAACAGUGUUAGAUUUCAUCUCCAUUUACUUUCUUCCUAAAAUUAAUUUAUGUACCUCAUUAAUCGGUAAUCAUUAUGCAAUAUCUCAGGCUAUAUAAUAAUAACAGAAUUGAUUAUUUUCUAAAAUGUCUAUCCUGUACAUAAAUACUUAUCAAUUGGGGACGGAAAAUAACAAGUUUUUUCUUUCGUUCAAUUUUUGUUUAGAGGAGGGAAGAUAACAUAUUUUGCAUUGCUUUAAAACCUGUUCAAUAUAUUCAAAACAAAAGCAUGAAAAAACUCAACGUGGAAAUAUUGUUGAUUUUGUUGUGUUUUGUUUUAGUAGUUUUCUUCAUUGAAAUCAUAUGGACCAAACACAAUGGAGGAAAGGGACAUUACUACACAAAAACUAGUAGUAACAUUCUCUUUAAUCAGUUUGUUAAUCUAAAAAACGAGCCUGACAUCAACAAGAAACCUCGAAUUAUUGAAGAAACACAAGAGGAAAGAAAACAACGAUUAAGAAAUUUCUGCCGAUCUAAUAAAUCUAGAUCAACUUGGGAAUCUAGUCAUCCUGAAGAAAGACAGAUAUUAAUUAGUGAUAAACAAGGAUUACUUUACUGCACAGUGCCAAAAGUUGCUUGCACAAACUGGAAGAGAAUGUUUCAGGUAUUUGAAGGACAAAUGAAGAACUUAUUUUCCAUAGAGUCAAAAGACAAAAUACACACAUUGAAAUACAAAACUUUUGUUGGUAUGACAGAACACGAAAAGUUAUGGAAAAGAGGUUCACAUUAUUCUUUUAUGUUUGUUCGACAUCCAUUUGAAAGACUUUAUUCCGCUUACCGUAAUAAAUUGAACAAACCAUUUAGUGAUUAUCAUCAAAAAGUUUACGGAUCUCGUAUUUUAAAAAUGUUUCGUUCCAACUUAUCAGAAAUACAGUAUAAAAAAGGAGAGAAUGUCACUUUUGUCGAAUUUCUAAAAUUCAUAACAAAAUCCUACCAAUCAGGUGGCUACAAAUCAUUGGACGAGCAUUGGCAAAUCAUGACAAAAAUAUGCGUACCUUGUUCAAUGAAAUAUGACUAUAUCGGCAAAAUGGAAACUUUGAUAAAAGACGCAAAUAAUGUGUUAACUGAAACAGGUUUAAAUGGUAAAUUUGAAUUUCCAUCGAAAGCACUUGAUAACUAUACAGAAAAGGCGAGCUCUUCAGCACUUAAAAACUUUUUAGAAAUACCUUUAGAAGUUAGACGAGAAUUAUACGAAGUAUACAAAGACGAUUUUGAAGCCUUUGGGUACACGCCAGAUAAAUACUUUCAAACUGUAAAUCGCACGAAAAGUGUUCAUUAACAUUGUUGUACUGUUUCAUAAAUAAUUUGUGGCUUGUUAGCAAGUUAAAAGUCAUUUGAUUACUUUCUUGAUGUAAACACCGAAAAGUUAUUUUGUCGUUUAGGUAGGAAUAUAAUUUAUGUAAAAUAUAAGAAUCUAAAAAUUACGUAACUUAAAACACCUAGUAAAAAACACGUCGACUAAAUUCCAUACAUCAAAACCAUUAUCUUUUUUAAUAAUGACUUGUAUAACAUGGCUUGACGAUGUACUUUAAUAGAAUUUUACUCUAAUUGACAAUAAUAAAUUUCGCGAAUUUAUGAGAAAUUUAUGAGAAACAUCUUUUAAAAACUCCCCUUUGUCAAAGGGUGUCUUCGGCGUAAAAUGGCUAUUGAGUUCGAUGUGCAUUAGCAAAGUAUUAAGUCUGAGUAUUAGUGAAGUUCGAUUCAUUUCCAGCAUUAAUAAAC